AAGAGGCUGUUUUACACCGUGAUUACUAAACUCGUCCUUUAAUCGUUAAAAUUGCUUCCUGUUGAUAAUAUCCGAGUACUAAAUUAGUAAAGGUUAACUAAAUGCCCCUGAUAACGUCUUACUGGGAUGUUUUGGCACGACUGUUAAAAAAAGGUAUUUGACAAGGGUUUUAUAGCGAGAAGGGCAUCUCGCUGGUGCCGAACACGUCACUUCCGCUUUGACUGCUUUCGAGCCUCGAUUGCUGUUCCAGCAACAACAAGCGAGCAGGCCGCGUUAAAGCCAACUGUUCUUUAUCUAUAACGACACAUUUGGCAAGCAACGAACACAGCCAGUUUAGAUACCUCCCAAGAUGGCCAUGGUGAAGAGCGGCUGGCUCCAUAGGCAAAGCACCAUUCUGCGCCGCUGGAAGAAGAAAUGGUUUGACCUGUGGGCCGACGGACGCCUCGUCUUCUACAACGACCAGCAGCGGAGGGACAUGGAGGAUGACAUCCACAUGAAGGUGGACUGCAUUAACAUCCGCGGUUCGACCGCUUGUCCAGAGCUGAACCCUCCUGAAGGGAAGACGCGUGAUGCUUUGCUUCAGAUCGUCUGCAGAGAUGGCCGGGUCAUCAGCUUGUGUGCAGACAGCGCAGAUGAUGCCCUGGUAUGGACCAUGGCGCUGCAGGAUGCUAGAGUUAAUAUGAUAGUUGCAACUCCCCAUGUGGGCUUCACGCCAGAAGUGAUGGCCUCCGCGCCGCCGCCUUACUCGGAAUACGCGCCGCCACCGUAUGGAGAGAACCCUGCAGGUAGUCCGCACGCAUCGCAGAUCGUGUACGCCGCCGACGGACAGCCCUACGCCGUCGCCUACCCUUACCAGUACCAAGGCGGCUACACUGCAGGCGGAGUCAACAGCGUGGUGAUUCAGGAGCGCCGGUGGGACAACGGCGGCGACGUUGCCAUGGGCAUGCUGGCGGGAGCGGCCACAGGUCUGGCGCUGGGGCUCUUCUCCGUCUUCUAAGCGUGUGCGUUCUUGUACGUCUUAAUCUACUGCAGCAGCAGCAGCAGCAGCCCCCCACCCACCCACCUUCAUUCCCUUAACAACUCUGUGAAGCAUGGCAGGAUGACGACACUUUUUCACGUACCCUAAAAUAUUCAACUUCAGCACUUUCUCCAAAGCGUGGUGUGGCAACCUCACUCUCCUUAUCAUAACCAAAACAACUAAUAAGAGUGUCCUGAUCCGAUAUGAUAUGGAUAGGGGUCCGAUAUCAGUAAAAAAACAACAAGUAUUGGCUUGCUUCUAAACUCCUGGGUGUGUUUACUUGUACAGAGCUGCACAGCCGGCUAACAUCUGAAUGUGCUCCAAUAAGCGCACUUGUGUAGUCUUCUAUUUUAGUCAAGUCAUUUGCAAAAAGUAGGAGGCUAUAGGCUACUAGGAGCUAGGAGCUACACAAGCACACCAUAGCACACAAGCCUUAAUUGAACAAUAUUGUGGUCAAAAACUCCAUAUUUGUCGAUAUGAACAGGUAUCAAUUAUAAUUCCUUAUUACAGAUACAAGGCAAACGCAUAUUAUAUAGUGUAUAUAUAUAUAUAUAUAGUAGCAAACGUGUCCGCAACAGUUAACUUACUGCGUUAUGAGCUUAAUCAAGCCAUUUCUAACACUCCACACUACAAAAUAAAGUAUGUAUCGUUUUUGCUGAUUUCGGAUUAAUAUUGGUAUUGGCCGAUACUCCGUUCUAAUAUCGCUAUUGUGAAAAGUUGUACUGGGACACCCCUCAUUUAUAUGAAAUGAAAUAAGUUUAUUUAGGUCAUAUAAUCAACCAUCAACCAUUAACCAUUUUGUGUGACCAGUUUAAGAGUACAAAUUAUACAUAUAUAACAAUCAUACACGAAAAGAAAAGAAAAAGCAUGACUGAAAAAGGAAUAGGCUGAAGCCAAGGCUUAUAUUUGCCUAUCCUAUACCUUGACUGAAAAUAAGAUUACCUGGAACAUCAACGUUAAAAAGAAAAAUAAAAUCAAUGGGAUGAAAGUAAUCGUUGCUAUAUUUUAUAAUUUUCAAUUAUUUCACCUUUCAAUGUUUUCUGAAACCUUAACAAAGAAGUACAUGUCUUCAGCUCAUCACUGAGCUUGUUCCACCAUUUAACUCCUAAAACUGAAAUACAUUUGUAUUUUACAUUCGUUCUUGGCUUUACCUAUUUCAAAAAUCAAUAUCCCCCGUAAAUGAUAGUUUUCUCCUCUUAAUUGAAAUAACCUAAGAAUACAAGCUGGAAGGCUGUUGUUCUUUACUCGAAACAUAAUUUCCAUUGUUUUUAAAAACUCAAUAUCUGAAAAUUUUACCACAUUAGAACUUAUAAAUAAUAAUUGGUAUGUUCAUAGUAGCACACUUUGUGUAUUUUUUGAAGUUUAAUGAUUGGGUUUGUUUUAUAAACAUUUCCCCAAACUUCAACACAAUAUGUUAAAUAUGGAAAAAUAAAAGAAUAAUAUAACAUAUGCAGACAUUUCUUAUUCAGCAUGUGUUUUACUUUAUAAAGAAUAGCAAUGGAUUUGGAUAUUUUUCCCUUUACUGUAUAUAUUCAAUAUGCGGUUUCCAACAUAAUUUAUGAUCAAUUAUUAUUCCCAAGAAUUUAUUUUCAUAUAUUCUAUCGAUUUCCACUAUAUUUAAUUUUGCUUCACAAUUUGUCCUUGCACCACUAAACACCAUAAAUUUAGUUUUCUUAUCAUUUAAUGAUAACUUAUUAAUAUCAAACCAUUUUUUUAGCUGAAUCAACUCAACCUCUAUUAUCCUCAACACUUCCUUCAAGUCUUCUCCUGAACAAUAUACAUUUGUAUCAUCUGCAAACAUAAAAAAUUUCAAUUUAUUAGACACUGAACAAAUAUAAUUUAAAUAUAGUAUAAAUAACUUAGGUCCCAAUACCGAGCCUUGUGGCACUCCACAAGUUACUCUUUUUGGCUGUGAUUUAGUCUUAUUAAUUUCCACAUAUUGAGAUCUAUUACUUAAAUAACUACUUAACCACUGUUGUGAAACACCUCUUAUGCCAUAGUUUUUCAAUUUUUGCAGAAGUAAGGAAUGAUGGAUUGUGUCAAAAGCUUUACAUAAGUCUAAAUACUCCAACGGUGUGUUGCUUUUUUUCUAUUGCUGUAGCUACGUUUUCUACAAAGUCCAUCACUGCUAGGGAUGUAGAUCGAUUACUCCUGAAGCCAUACUGAUGGUCAUUCAGUAGCUCAUGUUUGUCAAUUAACUUAUCAAGUCUAUUUACAAAUAAUUUCUCAAGAAUUUGUGCAAAUUGAGGUAGUAGAGACACAGGUCUAUAAUUUGAGACCAUGUGUUUAUCACCAUUUUUAUAAAUCGGAAUAACUUCAGCAAUUUUCACUUUGUCAGGAAAAGUUCCAGUUGAUAAAGAUUUAUUACAUAUAUAAGUAAACGGCUUCAGGACACAAUCCACCACUUCUUUAACAAGUGACAUAUCCACGUUGUUACCAUAGACAGAUUUUUUGUUUUUAAACUUUCUGACCACUUCUAACACAUCACUUUCACAAACUCCGCCAAGAAACAUUGACAUUUUAAUGUCAGAUACACGCUUUAACUUUUUCUCAUCAUUCAUAUUAAAAUACUUUUUGCCAAAUGUGGGCCAACAUUCACAAAAAACUUAUUGAAUUCCUCAGCUAUUUCUUCUAUAUUUUCAAUAAUUGAGUUGUCAUCUUUUACCAGAUAAGCUGUAAAAUCCUUUUUGCUAGAUUUUUUAAUCAUAGUAUUAAGCACAUUCCAGGUUUCAAUGGUAUUAUUUUUAUGUUUAUGCAGCAAUUGUUCAUAAUAUUUUUUUUGUUGCAGCCUCAUGAUACAUGUCAAUUUGUUUUUAUACUUUUUAUAUUUGUCCUCAUUUUCCGUUGUUCGAUGCUUAAUACAUUCCUUGUAAAGCCUUUUUUUUUUUUUUUUUUACAGGCUUUUACUAAACCCCGUUAUCCAUGGUUUCUCCCUCUUUUUAGUAUUUUGCUUAUAUUCUCUCAAUGGACAAUGACGGUCAUAAAGUGUCAGAAAUAUAUCCAAGAAUGUAUCGUAUGCUUCAUUAGUAUCCUCCACAAAAACAUUUUGCCAAUCCUGAUUUAAAAGAUCAGCCUUGAAUGCCUUAACUGCUUAUGGUGAUUUUAUUCUAAUAAAGUUAUUUAUUUGUCUUUA